UGGACACUGAUGCUCAUGAGUAGUGGUUUUGAUCUGCACUUGCAGUGUCAUCACUGUCAUGACACAAUUUACGACUGAAAUUACGUGUAUGUGGCUUGUUUUCCGUACCUCCAUCAACCAACUUCUGUUCCCAUCUCUUUCUCAUGCGCGGGCAGCAUCCCACACUCACCCCGACGCCGCCUCUUGCUGCCCUACCCGCAUAUGGGAAUUAUAUAUAACAUUCUACAGUCCCUCUCCAGAUAGAUAUAGACAGUCAGGAUGAGAUCGAGAUGGACAAGC